AUGCAUUAUGUUGUGCUAGAGGUGGAGGUGGCCCAUCGGGAAGACCGGGCUAAAGACUGGGUUCAAAUCGCACGAUUUGAGUACCAAUUUCUCGAUGCGAAAACGCUCAAACCGGUUUUUGAAGAAAACCGGCACGUUGAGUUGGGUCCAGGGUGCUCGCUGCAAGAAGCAGUGGGCCAAUUGGACGCCGACAUCGCGGCACAUGCUGGCGAGGACUUUGUGCUGUGUUCGCUGGGGUCGACAUGGCAUUUUCGGGUGACAAUGCCUCGGCAGGCCCGUGACGAAGUGUUCAUACUGCCACCGCAUUUGCAACAUCCCAAGGUUUUCGACCUGUGGAAGGAGUACCAGCGGUGGUGUGUGAACCAUCCAGAGGUUUUGGCGCUGCGCAAGACGACGUGUCAGAACAAACGAGCCAAGGAUUUGAACGAGCUGCGGGCGGUGCUGGAAUUGGAUUUCGUUUCGGACGCGGUUUCGGACGCGGUUUCCACCGAACACGGCGAAACUUCCGCUACUGCCGUCACUCCCGCCACUCCUCCACAGCCUGAGACCCCGCUUGACCAGACAGUGGCUGUGAUUAUUCAGUUGCAUCAAAAAUGCUCCACUCCCGAGGACAAACUCAUGGUUUUAACACAUCCAUACGAUUCGUACCUGGAUGUGCGCACUUUCUUGCAGGAGAGGUCUAAAGUGCUCUAUAUGAACAACCUCCCUCCCGACACCACGCAGAGCGAGUUGGAGUCGUGGUUCACGCAAUUUGGCGCCCGCCCUGUGGGCUUUUGGACCGUUAGAAAUAUCGUGGAGGAAACUUCCAACGUCAACAAUAAUUGGUCUAGCAACAACAGCACGUAUGUGGAGGCAGAGGACAGCAUUUCCGGGUUUGUGGUGUUUCAAUCGCACGAAGAAGCUACCGAGGCAUUGUCGUUGAACGGGAGAUCAAUUCUGUCAAACAUCGCCAACACCAAGCAGCCCAGAGUUAUUGAACACACGGUGGAAAUUCAGCCGUCAAGCGCAAGAGUUCUAGAUAGGGCUCAAGAGAUCUUGUCUCCAUUCCCGCAGAGUAAAAACAAGCCCAGACCAGGCGACUGGAACUGUCCGUCGUGCGGAUUUUCUAACUUUCAAAGACGGACAUCUUGUUUCCGCUGUUCAUUCCCAGCAACAGACUCAAAUGGUUUUAACAAGGGGUUUGUGAGAAAUCCAUUGCAGCAGCCCGGGUUGAACGAUCUACAAACUGGUUACAAGCUUGAAAAUGUAGCGAAUGGUAUCCCGUCCAUUCCCGGACAAAUGACUGGUCAGCUAAUGCAGCAAAUGCACCCUUCUCAGCAACAGCAACAGCAACACCACCAGUCGCAACACCACCAACAGCGUGUACGCUACAAUCAGGGUCAACGUUUUGGCCAAAAUCAGCACAGCGGUUCAAACGUGCCGUUCAGAGCAGGCGAUUGGAAGUGCGCCGUUUGCACGUAUCACAAUUUUGCCAAAAACGUUGUGUGUUUACGCUGCGGUGGUCCCAAGACUACCGAGCAUCAACAAAAAGAUUUAGGCAGUGUCAACUCCUACAACAUGAUGCAAGAGAUUGACAAUGGGAUUGGUGUCUCCUUAAAUACUAGGAGUUUUUCGGAGCCUGCAUGGUAA